AUGACUCCGAAAAUGCAAUACGUUCGCCUCGGCAACUCUGGCCUGAAGGUUUCCAAGAUCAUCCUUGGCUGCAUGUCCUACGGCUCGCCCGAAUGGCAGCAGUGGGUUCUCGGCGAGGAGGAGGGCAUCAAGCACAUCAAGUUCGCCUAUGAGCAUGGUAUCACUACUUUCGACACCGCAAACGUAUACUCGAAUGGACAGUCAGAGAUCAUCCUCGGAAAGGCGAUCAAGCAGCUCAACCUCCCGCGCGAGGAACUCGUGAUCAUGACCAAGCUCCAUGCUGCUGUGCAUCCUGACCCGGCCGUCUUCACAUUCGUCAAGAGUGAAGAACAGCUCGCGGAGCUGGGCAUUAUCAAUCAGCAGGGGCUUGGCAGGAAGCACAUCUUCGACAGCGUGAAGGCGAGCUUGAAGCGGCUUCAAGUCGAGUAUAUCGAUCUCCUCCAAUGCCACCGCUUCGACUACAACACCCCAAUUGCGGAGACCAUGCAAGCGCUUCACGACGUCGUCCAGGCAGGCUACGUCCGGUACAUCGGGAUGAGCUCGUGCUACGCAUACCAGUUCCACCAGAUGCAGAACUACGCAAUCACGCACAACCUCACCCCAUUCAUCUCGAUGCAGAACCACUACAGCCUGCUGUACCGCGAGGAGGAGCGCGAGAUGUUCCCGACGCUCAAGCUCUUCGGCGUCGGCUCGAUCCCCUGGUCCCCGCUCGGGCGCGGGAAGCUCGCUCGACCGCUUGGCGCUGACUCAAAGCGCGCGCAGAGUGACGCGUAUCUCAAGUACUACGACAACUCCGCAACGGACGACAUCGUCAACCGCGUCGAGGAGCUGGCGAAGAAGAAGGGCGCCAGCAUGGCGCAGAUCUCGCUUGCGUGGAUCAUGGCUAAGCCCGGCGUGAGCGCGCCCAUCAUCGGCACGACGAACUUGUCGAACCUGGAAGACGUCCUCGGCGCUUUGGAUGUGGAGCUGACCGAGGAGGAGAUGAAGUACCUCGAGGAGCCGUACAAGCCAGUAGCAGUUGCCGGCAACUUGGGUCCGGAGGCGCACAAGACGGGUGUCGUGUAG